UGUAUAUGCGGUAGUUCCGGUUCUGGGAAAACUCAUCUCACUUUUAACAUGUUGUUAGAUUUCGAUUCUUUGUAUAUCUACACAACAACACCAGAGCAAUCGUAUUAUCAAUUCCUCAAAGCUUUAGAAUAUCUACCAAAGAAAGAUGUUCAAGACAUAUUUCAAUAUUACGAAGAAAACGAAGAAGAAGUUGAAAUAAAAGAUAUAGAUAACUUCAUUAAAUCAAAGAAUCCAACGGAUAUAAAAGUUUUUCUUACGAAAUAUGUUAAUGAUCUAGACUUGUCUAAUAUUGAUAGCAUUCGAAAGAACUUAAUAUUGUUUGACAACUGCGUAGCGCAAAGACAUCAAGCUGUUCAACAAGAAUUCUUCACGAAAGGAAGACAUCACAACUGUCACAGCAUAUACCAAUCCCAAUCUUUUUACGGGAUGGAUUCUAUGUUCAUUAGAAAAAAUGCAAAUUGUUUUUUAUUAUUUGAAUUAAAUGAUAAAGAUUUAUCUCAAAUCAUUCAGUCAAUAAAUCACGGAAUGGAUAGAGAUACAUUU